AUGGGAGUCGCAAAGAAGACCCGCAAGUUCGGCGCCGUCAAGCGAGUGAUCGGGCAAAACGACGCGAGACUGAAGAAAAACCAAGCCAAGGGAGAACUCGAAUCCAAGAAGAAAGAAAAGGGCGCAGAUGUUGUCCGCGAAGUACCACAGGUCUCCUCCGCCCUCUUCUUUCAGUACAAUACAGCUUUGGUUCCGCCGUACAAUAUACUGGUAGACACGAACUUCCUGUCGCAUUGUGUACAGAGAAAACUGCCUCUUUUGGAGACAUUGAUGGACACGCUAUACGCCAAAUGCAUCCCCAUCAUCACAUCCUGCGUCAUGGCCGAACUCGAAAAGCUCGGCCCAAAAUACCGCAUCGCCCUCCGAAUAGCCAGAGAUGAAAGAUGGGAGCGACUAAAGUGCGAUCACAAGGGAACAUACGCAGACGACUGCAUCGUGGACCGAGUCAUGAAGAGCAAGAUCUAUAUUGUCGGGACCAAUGAUCGAGAUUUGAAGAGGAGGGUGAGGAAGGUGCCUGGUGUGCCUAUAAUUAGCGUUGCUAGAGGCAAGAUGGUCGUUGAGAGGCUGCCGGAUGCGCCUGAGAAGUAG